GUGUAAGCUCGCACAAAUUUUCCACUCACUAGACUGCUUCCCAACGUGAUACGAAGAGUACUUCCCAGUCAUCAAUUUGGCAGCUGUACAGCUUCCCUCGGUUCAGGAAGUCGCAGGUCCAGCAACAGUGAACGAGUUCGCGCGCCGCGAUGCAUCGACAGCCAUCCCGUCAAGUGCACUUUCAUCAAGGGUUAUUUUUCAGUUGAGGGAGAGAGAGCGUCAAAUGAGGUGAAAUUUCGCAGUGUUGGGCGGAAUAUUAAUUACUGGGAAAAAGGAAAAUUCAACCCCUCGUUUGGGUGAAAACGGUGCAAUUUUAGGAAAGUGCUGCAGAAUUACACAGUGUUGAACGAUGAAAAUGAAGGGUAUUCAAAAGCAGCAGAAGCAGCAACAGCAUCAGGAACAUGGAAUAGGUCAGGUUAAACAGCAGGAGCACGUGGUAGAUACCGGCCCCGCUGACUUUGAAACCGCGAUUGCGGCCACCGGUUAUGGAAGGUUCAACUACCUGCUUCUGCUGGUAGCCAUGCCCUGCUGUAUCGGAACGGUCUUUGAGACGACCACGAUGUCGUACGUGCUGCCCAGUGCCGAGUGUGACCUCCGGCUGUCUCUGGUAGACAAGGGCACCCUGAAUGCGGUCACCUACGGGGGAAUGAUCACUUCGGCCUUCCUAUGGGGCUUCCUGUCGGACACGUACGGCCGGAAGCGGCUGCUGGUGUACGGUUUCCUGCUGGAUGCCACCUUCAACGUGCUGUGCGCCACCAGCCAGUCCGUGGUGGCCAUCAUGAUUUUCAAAUUUAUGGGCGGAUUUAUCAUUUGCGGCCCGUUCGCGGUUCUGAUGGCGUAUCUGUCCGAGUUCCACAGCCUGCAGCACCGGUCCCGGGUCAUGAUGACGGUCGGGAUUUUCUACAGCAUCGCGAACGUGCUGCUGCCCUCGCUGGCCUGGGCCAUCAUUCCGCAGGCCGGCUGGGACUUUACGCUGCUCGACGGCAAGCUGGCAAUCCACUCGUGGCAAAUCUUUUUGGCCGUUUGCUGUCUGCCCAGUCUGCUCAGUGGAGCCUGCUGCAUGUUCUUUCCGGAGAGUCCCAAGUUCCUGAUGGCCAAGGGUCGCAACGACCAGGCCAUGGCCGUCUUCCGGACGCUGUAUGCACUCAACACAGGGCGCUCCCGUGGGGAUUAUCCGAUCAAAGAGCUAGUGGACGAAACCGCGAUCAGUAGUGAUGAAACUAUUCAAAAGGAUCGAAAGGAGGUGCCCCAAAAAGCACCAACAAUUUCCGGAUUGCGCAGCUUCCAGGAACAGAUGAAGUCCAUGUUUGGCAAAACUCAUUUGAAGAAUUCUUUGAUGGCGUACAGCAUUCAGUUUGGAAUUUUGUUUGGCUUAAACACCUUCCGGUUGUGGGUUCCCCAGCUGUUCACCAUCAUCCAGGAGUACGAACUGGAUCCGAAGACCUUCACCACCGACGGCUCCCUGUGCGACAUGCUGGCCUACAAGGUGAACAAGUCGGCCGUCCUGCAGGAGCUGGAGCGCCCGUACGUUGCCGUGGCCCCUUCCAGCCCGCUGGAUACGGAGGAACUGGUCUGCCAACCGACAACACAGGGGGACAUCUAUCUGAAUCCAUUAAUCAUUGGAUGCGUCGGAGUUGCAGCCUACCUAGUCACAACGGUCCUGAUUAACGCCAUUGGCAAUCGGAAUUUGUUGGUGUACGGUCUGUUCACGUCCGGCUGUUGCGGUUUGCUGCUGUACUGGAGCAAGAGUUCGACCGUCGUGCUGGUGCUGUCGGCGACGUACAUCACCAUCGCAAGCAUCUCGUCAACGGGGCUGGUCGGUUCUGUUGUGGCCAUGUUUCCCACGUCAAUGCGAACGAUGGUCGUUUCACUCACGAUGAUGUUUGGCCGGACGGGAUCCAUCAUCGGCAACGUGCUGUUCCCGCACCUGAUGGCGCUGGGAUGCUGGCCGCCGUUCCUCAUGAUCGGAAGCAUCCACAUAGUGGUAGCACUUAUAUCAACAACUCUGCCACGGACAGUGAAAAAGCCUCUGCAGUAGUUUUUACUUAAUUUUUAUGACUGAGUGAGUUUCUAUUUAAAAUUUCUAAUAAAAUUCUAAAUAUUCAU